AUGGCUGAUCCGCCGUCAAGCCGUGCGGCUGGCAUCGAAUGCCUCGCCGACGGCCUCGAAAAGCCCCUCCUCGACAACCGCUCAUACCGCGUGAUCAAGCUCGCCAACCAGCUCGAAGCACUCCUCAUCCACGAUCCCGACACCGACAAAGCCUCGGCCGCCAUGGACAUCGACGUGGGCAGCUUCGCAGACGAGGAGGACAUGCCGGGCAUGGCACAUGCAGUCGAGCACUUGCUCUUCAUGGGCACCAAGAAGUACCCGGGAGAGAACGAUUACAACGCCUACCUGACGCGCUACGCCGGCCACUCGAAUGCCUUCACCGCCUCCACCUCGACCAACUACUACUUCGAACUCUCCGCCACCUCCACCUCCAACAGCCAGUCCUCCUCUGCCAACUCGAGUCGUUCGAGCUUGCCUGUGCCGAAGCACCAGGCGCCGUUGUACGGGGCUUUGGACCGCUUUUCGCAGUUCUUCGUCAAUCCGCUCUUUCUUGAGGAUACGUUGGAUCGGGAGUUGCGCGCGGUGGAUUCGGAGAAUAAGAAGAACUUGCAGAGCGAUCCGUGGCGGUUGAUGCAGUUGAGCAAGAGCUUGUCGAGUCCUGAACACCCUUACCACAAAUUCUCCACGGGGAGUUACAAGACGCUACAUGACGAUCCCAUUGGGCGAGGAGUAAAGAUACGCGAUGAGUUUAUGAGAUUCUACGCGAAGCAUUACUCCGCCAAUCGCAUGAAGCUGGCGGUGCUGGGACGCGAGGGGUUGGAUGAGCUGCAGGAGUGGGUGCAGGAGUUCUUCUCGGAGGUGCAGAAUCAAGAUCUGGCCCAGCUGCGAUGGGACGGCAUUCCUGCUCUGUCGAAAGACGAUCUACUGACGCAGACUUUCGCCAAACCUGUCAUGGACCAGCGGAAUUUGGACAUCUAUUUCCCCUACCCUGACGAGGAUGAGCUGUAUGCUUCACACCCUGCUCGCUAUAUCAGCCAUCUCAUCGGGCAUGAAGGACCGGGUAGCAUUCUUGCGUACAUCAAAGCGAAAGGAUGGGCCAAUGGUCUUAGUGCUGGCGCCAGUCCGCAAUGCCCCGGUACCGCAUUCUUCUCGAUUGGUAUUCGGCUCACCGAGUCCGGUCUGGUGAAUUACCAGGAAGUGGUCAGGAUUGUCUUCCAAUACAUCGCAAUGAUCAAAGAGCAGCCGCCGCAGGAAUGGAUCGUGGACGAAAUGAGCCGGCUCGCCGAGGUGGAUUUCAAGUACCGGCAGAAGAUCCCAGCGAGUCGAACAACGAGCAUGCUGAGCGGACAGAUGCAAAAGCCGUCGCCGCGCGACCAGCUGUUGAGUGCACAGUCGCUGAUCCGGAAGUUCAACCCGGAAGCCAUCGAGACUGGCUUGAAGUGCUUGAAUGCGGAGAACUUCCGCAUUCGCCUCGUCAGUCAGGAGUUCCCUGGGGAAUGGGAUAAGAAGGAGAAGUGGUAUGGCACGGAGUACAGAUACGAGAAGAUCCCAGCAGACUUCAUGAGCGAGAUCAGGAAAGCUGCCCAAGCGACGGCCGGCGAGAGGCCAAAGGAGCUGUACUGGCCUGCCGUAAACGAAUUCGUACCGCAGCGGUUGGACGUGGAGAAGAAGGAGGUGAAGGAGCCUGCAGUCACGCCGAAGCUGAUUCGCAAUGAUGCGAAUGUGCGAACAUGGUGGAAGAAGGACGACCAGUUCUGGGUGCCGAAAGCGAGUUUGCAUGUGCUCCUUCGCAGCCCGUUGGCCAAGCAGACGCCCUUCUACAGCGUCAUGGGUCAAAUCUAUCGCGAGUUGGUCGAAGACUCGUUGACGGAGUACAGCUAUGAUGCCGAACUCGCGGGUCUGGAGUAUGCCAUUAUGAGCCAUGGACAGGGAAUGGACGUGGUUGUCAGUGGGUACAACGACAAGAUGGCCGUGCUGCUGGAGAAGGUGCUGCUGUCCAUGCGCGACUUGCAAAUCAGCGACGAGCGCUUCGACAUCAUCAAAGAGCGCCUCAUGCGCGGCUACAAAAACUUCGAAUACACCGAGCCCUUCCGGCAGAUCAGCUCUUACUCCCGCUGGCUGGUGAGCGAGAGCGGCAUUAUCAAUUUCCAGCUGCUGGAGGAGAUCAAGACCGUCACUGCCGAAGAUGUGCGGCAAUUCUUCCCGCAGCUCCUCAAGCAGAUGCACAUUGAGAUUCUCGCGCACGGCAACGUGUACAAAGAGGAUGCACUGCGCAUCACGAACCUCGUGGAGAGCACUCUGCGCCCCCGUCCCCUUCCCGUCGAGCAAUGGCCGACGCGGAGAUGCAUCAUGCUCCCGGAGGGCAGCGACUACCGCUACGAACGCGUGCUCAAGAACGCCGACAACAUCAACCACUGCCUCGAGUACACCGUCUUCACCGGCGACGCGCAGGAUCUGCGCAUCCGCGCGAAAACGCUCCUCCUCGCGCAAAUGGGCGACGAGCCGGUCUUCGACACGCUGCGCACGAAGGAACAGCUGGGCUACGUGGUGGGCAGCAAUGCCGUGCUCGUUUCCACGCUCGCGGGCUGGCGCAUCCUCAUCCAGUCGGAGAAGGACUGCGCGUAUCUUGAGAAGCGGGUGGACGAGUUUUUGAUGGCGUUUGAGCGCACGAUCCGCGAGAUGCCGGACGACGAGUUCGAGGCGCAUAAGAUUGGGCUUGUGAACAAGCGGUUGGAGAAGUUGAAGAAUUUGGGGCAGGAGACGGGGAGGUUUUGGGGGCAUGUGGUGGAUGAGAUGUACCAUUUCGAUCUUGUCUACGACGAUGUGGCCAAUAUCGAACCCCUGACCAAAACGGACAUGCUCGACUUCUUCAACAAAUUCAUCCACCCGCACUCCACCACGCGCGCCAAAGCGGCCGUGCACCUCAUCGCGCAAGCCUCGGCCGCCGACCUCGCCAACAAGACGUCCGACGGCGAGAAGGUGGAGAAGCUGGUCGACACGCUCGUGCAGAUGCUGGGCCAGCUGGGCCUCGAAGACGCGAACGCUGCGGCGGAGCUAAAGAAGCGUUUGCAGAAGGUCGACGUGGCGAAGGCGGAUCUGGAGGGCAUUGUGGGUGCUGUGGGCGGGUAUAUGAAGGAGGGGGCGGGCGUUGCGGCGGAGCAGGUCGAGCAGAUUCUUGCGCAGGGGAAGGCGGUUAUUGCGCAGAUGUUGCCUACUUUGGGUAUUGUUGCGCCUUCUGCGGUUGCUGCCUCUGACACAGAGGUCAAUGGUGAGGAGGCUGCUGGUGUCAAUGGGACGCAGAAGGAGGAGAAGAAGAGCAAGACGGUGGUGAUUGAGGAUGUCAAGGCUUUCAAGGCGAGCAUGCCGCUCAGUCCUGGCCCGCGCGCCGUGAAGGAUUUGAGGGAGUUUGAGGAGCUGGGCGCGAAGCUAUGA